UUUAUCAUCUUUUGUCUUGUUCGACUCUUUGUCUUGUCCUGCUUAAACCAAGCCGCUUCCUUUACGCCGCUUACACCACCGCUACCACUGCUCUUGCAUCUUUUUCUCCUUCUAUUUAUGGUCCCAUCGCCGUCAAUCAUAAACGAAACCUUAACACUUUCUAGUUCCCUCCAGAGAAGAAGGUGACCUCUUUUCUUAAAUCGACAACGACGAAUACGGCGAGCUAUCACCCUAAAACCACCACCUCCACCACCACGUCCACCGCCGACUCUUGUAUCAUUUUAUCAGACUCUUCUCCUGUUCAAGUGUCAAUGUGCUACACGAGUUAGUUCAGGGUCCAAUUUGUACUUUAGCCAACUGCUUCUAUAGAAUAGAGAAACCAGCGUCGCCACCGCUACCGCCACGGUUGCUUUGUCUACAUACUUCUCAAUCAAAGAAAAAGAAAAAGAAAACUCAAUUAUUUAUUAGACAGGGAAAGCAAAAUGUCAAGAAUAUGUGUGAAGAAUUUACCAAAAUAUGUGGCGGAGGAUCGCUUGCGAGAAGUAUUCUCUCAGAAAGGAGAAAUUACUGAUGCAAGGCUAAUGCGAACCAAAGAUGGUAAAAGUAGACAAUUUGCUUUCAUUGGGUUCCGAACUGAACUUGAAGCUGAGGAAGCUCUCAAAUACUUCAACAAAUCUUACCUUGAUACUUGUAGAAUCACCUGCGAGAUUGCUCAUAAAGUUGGAGAUCUGGAUAUUCCUCAACCAUGGAGUAAAUACUCCAAGAAGAAAGAAAAGGACGUGACUGAAACUGCUAAAAGAAAUUUAAGCCUCAAAGGCACCCAAGAUGAAAAGAAAACUAAUAAAAAGGGGACUGAGGUUGAUGAUCCCCAACUGCAGGAAUUUCUUCAGGUUAUGCAACCACGGGCUAAGUCAAAAUUGUGGGCGAAUGACACCCUGGUUGCUCCCACUGCUGAGAAAAAUUUAAAAGUCAAUCAGAAGAAAGCUCAAUCAAAGAAGGAAGGCAUGGAAAAAUCUGUCGUAGGAGUUGAUGGAUCAAAUAAAAAUAGUAAUCGUGAUGCUGAGAAGUCCGUUAAUCUUGCUCAUAAUGAUAUCAUCUCAGAUACUGAUUACUUCAAGAGUAGAGUGAACAAAGAAUGGUCCGAUUCAGAAAGUGGCAGCAGCGAUAAUGCUGACAAUGACAACGACAAGGAUGAGGACUAUGACAAUGAAAUAUGCGAGAAUAGUGAUUCUAUAAAAGAAAAUCCUGAGAGCAAGGAAAUUAAAAAAAUAGAUCAGAAGAGGCAACAUGGUAUAAGGGGUGUAGCCUCGGUAGAGGUUGAAGAGAAAGCCCCUUAUCCAAAUUCUGAUGGUGAAAUCCUCGACCUUGAGAACCCUUCAUCUGAUUUGAAAGAUGAGAAUGAUGAAUUUGUUGAGACUGGCCGUCUUUUUGUCCGAAAUCUGCCAUACACAGCAACGGAGGAUGAGCUAGAAGAGCACUUCAAUAGAUUUGGCAACAUCUCACAGGUCCAUCUUGUUGUUGAUAAAUAUACAAAACGGUCCAAGGGAUUUGCCUACAUUCUCUAUGCACUUCCAGAGUCUGCAGCAAGGGCCUUAGAAGAAUUAGACAAUUCUAUUUUCCAAGGAAGAUUGAUGCAUGUCAUGCCUGCGAAACAGAAAAAUCCUGACAAGCAAGAGGUUGAUGAUCCUUCAAGACAUGGGUCAAAAACUUUCAAGCAACACUGGGAGGAAGAAAGAAAGGCAUCUGAAGUCAAUGGAAAUACAAGAGCAUGGAAUACUUUGUUCAUGCGCCCUGAUACAGUGGUUGAAAAUAUUGCGAGGAGGCAUGGUGUGAAUAAGAGUGAUUUACUUGAUCGUGAAGCUGAUGAUCUUGCUGUGCGCAUUGCUUUGGGAGAAAGUCAAGUGAUUGCAGAGACAAAAAAUGCUCUUACUGGUGCUGGAGUAAACAUCUUGUCUUUAGAGGAAUUUGCUGCUGGGAAAACUGAUGGCAUGAAACGGAGCAACCAUGUUCUGUUAGUGAAGAACUUGCCAUAUGGCUCUUCUGAAGGAGAACUUUCUCAGAUGUUUGGGAAAUUUGGUAGUUUGGACAAAAUUAUCCUUCCUCCAACAAAAACAUUGGCCUUGGUGGUUUUUCUUGAACCAUCCGAGGCACGUGCUGCUUUUAAAGGUUUGGCAUACAAGCGGUACAAGGAUGCUCCAUUGUAUUUGGAGUGGGCUCCUUCCGAUGUUCUUAACCAAAGUUUAACAUCUAAGAGCAGUGAAGAUGGUAAUAAUGCUGUAGGUGAACAUGAUGCCAAGAGAGUGAUGCUGGAACAAAGUGUGGAAGGAUUAUCAGAACUGGAUAUUGAUCCUGAUAGAAUUGAGUCACGAUCACUAUUUGUCAAGAACCUGAAUUUCAAGACUUCUGAUGAAAGUCUGAAAAAGCACUUUAGCGAACACAUGAAGGAAGGGAAGAUCCUAAGUGUCAGGAUAAAAAAGCACUUAAAAAAUGGUAAGAAUGUUUCAAUGGGUUUUGGUUUCAUAGAGUUUGAUGCUGUGGAGACAGCAACAAAUGUUUGUACUGAUCUACAGGGAAUUGUUUUGGAUGGGCAUGCUCUUAUCUUGCAAUUAUGUCAUGCUAAGAAGGAUGAACAAGUGAGGAAAAAUGUUGAGAAGGAUAAGAGUUCUACAAAAUUACUUGUUAGAAAUGUAGCUUUUGAGGCAACAGAGAAAGAUCUUAGACAGUUGUUUAGCCCAUUUGGCCAGAUCAAGAGAUUAAGGCUGCCAGUGAAGUUUGGAAACCAUAGAGGCUUUGCAUUCGUGGAGUAUGUUACAAAGCAAGAGGCGCAAAAUGCACUUCAAGCACUUUCAAGCACCCAUCUAUAUGGUCGACAUUUGGUUCUGGAGAGAGCCAAGGAAGGAGAGAGCUUAGAAGAACUACGGGCCCGUACAGCAGCACAUUUCAGUGAUGAGCUAAGUGGCAUGCAUAAUCCUGCAAAGGUGUCUAAGAAAAGGAAGAAUAUGGCUGUUUUAGAUGAAGGAACAAUGAAAUUUCAAAGGAUUGCCAGUUAGUUCUUUUACCAAUCUUCUUAUGCAUGUAAUAUAAGAGGGGAUGAUUUAUUUUAGCUGUUAUGUAUGGACUAGAUUUACUUUCAUCUUAUGCUGGCCCCAGUUUUGCGUCUUAGGAGCUGGUUUUUGUUUACUGUUGUUUUUCUUCAAAUGAGUAAAACAUCAUUUCUUUCACACA